UAAAGCAGCGCGCCGUCCAGCGUUGAUGUGUCGCAGAUUUUAAAAAGUGAGGCAGGAGAGCGGCUGGAGUUUCUGAGCGAGGGGAGGCGCACCAGGCUUAGCGGAAAAAAACCCGAACUCCCAGAAGGAGCUGUGGAAAAACACUUGGCGAGCUGUUUUUUUUUUAAAUCCGUCCGUCCCACUGUCCCCCCUUUUGACUACUUUAUUUCCCGCACGUCGGCAAGUAAACCUGCAGAGAUCCAGUUGCGACCUGUUUGGACCGCGGCGAUGGAGCUGUCAUCAAUUGGAGAGCAAGUGUUCGCAGUCGAGUCAAUUACAAAGAAGAGAAUCAGAAAGGGCCAUGUGGAGUAUCUACUGAAAUGGCAGGGAUGGCCCCCAGAGAACAGCACUUGGGAGCCAGAGGACAACAUUUUGGACCCUCUUUUGGUCAUGGCCUAUGAAGAGAACCAGGAGAAGCUCAGAUCUCUGAGCUUUCGGAAGAAAGGUCUCAGACCCAGAAAGCUGGUGCUGCGGAACAUCUUCGGCAUGGACCUCCGCAGCGCCCACAAGGACAACGAGAAGCCCCCGCCUCGCCUGCGCCUGUCCCUCACCAGGUCCAUGAGCACGGACGUGGAGCAGGUGUGCCGGCGCCCGGCUAGGAGGAGGAUCAGACAGAGAGUGACCAAAGCUUUCCCAAAACACUCGUCCAACAAGCCCAUCCGUGAUCAGAGGAUGGAGAUGGAGCCGAUGGAGAAGGAUUGGGGCGGGACCAGCGAGGAGGACAAGCACGGCUGUGAGAGCACCACCGAGGAGAGAUGUGGAGACAGCUUGUACGGUCAGUCAGAGUGCAGCUCACCUCAGUUCCUGGAGGAACAGGACAUGGAUGUGGAGCUGGAGGUGGAGGAGAAGGCUGUCUGUCCAGAUAUGUGGCCCAACGGAGGAAUCUUUGGAACAAGUCCGAGACACACUAACGUACUCGAGCAAUCGGAGGAAAACACUCUGGCAGCUGAAGUCAAACCAGGAGACGCCGUUUCCCCGGGCGACGGCUCAGACUGGGGAGAGGCCAAAGCGGUGGAAGCCUGUCCCGAGUGUCCACAAGUGGAGAAGAAGAAUGCGACCUCGGUGAUAGUGAGGGUCCAGGGGUGUGGCAAGGCGACGGGCGAAGCCGUCUCCGUCGCCUCCGACUCUGAGCUGAAGAAGGACGAAGCGAGAAGCGACAAUCAGAGCGUGAUCAUGACCGCGUCGGGCCGUCCAGCGGCCCCCGGCGAGGCGCCACGCCGCGGGAAGGUGAUCGUGACGAACGUGACGGUAAACUGCCUGACGGUGACUUUCAAAGAAGCCAGGGAGGCCGAGGGCUUCUUCCACGGAUGCUGAACCAAGAGGCGGGUGGGAACCUGGAGAGGGAUCAACAUAACCAUAGUUAGACUUGCCGCUCAUGGUGAAGUAAAUAACUCAAGCAAAUAGUGUCUGUGAGGUCAUUCCACAUGAUUUUAAAUGAGUUCAGUAAGACAUCAUUGCCUUGGAAUAAAAGUGAGUGGUGAUUUUGUUAUUAUAGUGGCUCAUUUAUCACGUGUGACAGGAAACAACGCAGCGCGGUCCAGCAGAUUAAAAGCGGUCCUGGUGGCAGCGUUCAUUCUUACAGCAGCUGGGUUUAAACCCUGGAGCAGGAGGGGGCAGCCUGAAACCCCGGUUUACAAGACAACUCUGAUGCAGCUACUGCCCCAGAUGUCCUCAGUGCUUUCCAGCGAGGCGCAGGCCUCACGCAGACCUGUUUCCACUCCACUUUUUUUUAAAAGAAGAGAGAAGGGGCGGGAAAAAAAAUGUUUUUGUAAAUGUUAUUCACUCGCUCACACGGAGCGACCCGCAUGCCCCCAUCAGUCUGUGCGGCGCGCGCGCAGCUCUCUGCCGGGCUUUGUCGGUAGGGGUUUAUUUCUGUAACAAAAGAGAGACCCGACAAAGGCGGCGGAUUGUUGCCCCGCGCUCAGACGGAGCCGUGCAUCUAAAGGAGGACGGACGCACAAAAGGAAAACGCACGGUCGUGUUCGCUGUCUCUUCGUCCUUUAACUUUCCAAGUAUGAAAUGCUACCUGGUUCUAUUUUUGUAUUACCAAUUGAUAGUCCGCUCUUUUCACUGGCUUUUGUGCAUAUCAAAAGGGGAGAUAUCAAUUUACGACGUUGCUUCCAAGCUGCGUGGGUAAUGUUCAAAUCGAAGCAAAUGUACUCUGAGUCAAUCUGUAGUGAGAUUUUAUUUAUUGCAUGUCACUCGUGUAAACUAAGCUAAUUUAUGUCUCUUGAUGUGUCUGAAUCUAUCUCUCUCUAACAAAGAUGGAUUAUCAAACAUGUCUUCUCUCUCUCACACACAAAGAAUUUCUAUUUGUCUGCAUUUUCAAUAAAUGUGUAUGAAAAUAAUC